CUCUUAGACUACGAAUCAUUUUUAAAAAUGACUACACCAAGUAAACUUUAUAUCGGUCAUCUUUCUUCAAGAACGGAAAAACGAGAUCUCGAAGAGCUGUUCGAACGAUAUGGAAAAGUAUUAAGCGUGGAUGUGAAGCCCAUGGGAUAUGCAUUUGUUGAGUUUGAGGAUCCACGUGAUGCUGAUGAUGCAGUUAAACAAUUAAAUGGAUAUGAACUAGAUGGUGCUCGCAUUGCUGUUGAAUGGUCACGUCGGUCUGGCGGCCCAGGUAGUGGUUGCUUUUUAUGUGGCGGACAAGGUCAUUGGGCUAGGGAAUGUCCUGAUGCCAGGGAAAAAGGCAUGGAUGUUAGGAGCGGCCGAUGCUUUCGAUGCGGAGAAUUAGGCCAUUUGGCAAAAUAUUGCAGGGGUGGCGGUGAUUACGAUCGUAGAGGUCCUUCUCCUAAAUACGGCCGGGCUCGUUCUCCAUACUACGGUGGACGUGGCGGCUCUUAUUAUGAUGACUAUGAUCGUUAUCGACGUUAUUCAAGAUCUCCACCUUACGGAGGUUCUGGUAGUGGUUCUUACAGUGGAAGAAAUCGCUCGAGGAGUCCUUACAGCAGACGUAGUCCGAGCCCUUAUUACAAUGAUUAUGGAAGAAGAAGUCCGAGUCCAUAUGGGCGUGGAAGAAAAUAUUAGGCAUUCUGCUGGACUUACCAAGGGAUGCGUUACUCAUCGAAAGACUUUUUAAUGCAGUAUGGAAUCUUCCUCAAGUUUUUUUUUUCGGGAUUAGAACUACGAAUGGAUCGGAUUUUCUUUCUCUCUUUGCAAAAUUCGGACUCGGUUACUAUAUCGGAACUACUACGAAUCUCUGAAUAAUAUUAAAGAUAUAUUCAUUAUUUUGUCUUAAAUAACUUGUUUCAAUAUUUUCUGAUAUAAUAAAUUCGAGGAACUUAAAUUUAGAAAAUUAAUGCAAUAACAUACUUUUCUUUGUGUUUAUAAUUACUGUUUUGCUUUGAUAACAAUAAAACGU